GGGGCUGUUGCUUCCUGUUUCUGUUUCUGUGCUGUAUAAAGUCAGGUUGGUGUGCGUGUGUGUGAAACGUCCUCAGCCUUCCUCAGCAGCUACACAUCACCUCCAUCAUCACCAUGAAGACGUCUCCGGGUUGUCUGCGCGUGGCUCUGCUCGUGUCGCUGUGUGUGUGCCGGGCCGCGUGCGCGUCCGUCGGGGAGGACAUGGCGAAGACCUCAUGCGUUUCUGGCGCGGACUGUAGCCUGCCGUGCGCCGCGCGUCCCAAGCCUGGUGUCCAGUACAGAUCAGUGCGGUGGUACAAGGUCGGAGAGCCGCCCGCACCUCGUCUCAGCGGCCUUGUGACCAGAGACCUCCCCAACGGCACGGUGCGUUGGUACUCCGGCGUGGAGCGACAGGUGGAUCUGCUGGACGAGUCCCGUGACAUGCUGUUUCCCAACGCCACGUGUGGCGACAGCGGCGUGUACACCUGUCACCUGGCUGCACCUGUGGGAGAACAGAACCAGGAGGGGCGGGUCCUCCUCACCAUGACAGAUUGUCCUGUUGGCCCUGCGGAACAUCUGACAACAGACGCUUACAUGGUUUUUGUUGCCACAGCAGUGCUGAUGCUUGCACUUGUUAUAUUCAGAAUAAGCUACGUCAGUUUGAAGAACACCCUCAGAGACAGAAACAAGACAACAAAGAAGGAGAUUUUAUUGGACGCGCCGCUCAAACCGCUCGAAAAGAAGGACUUAAUGUUGAUAUACACUUUGGGGCCUAAGUCGCCUAAAGAGCAGCACAUCUGCGUGUAAAGACAAACGUGAUGCGGAGGACGGCCGGCGACCAAGAGGACUCCCAGAUUGUGAAAAAACCCACACAAUAGUGUCUUAAGCUCCUCUUGCUUUCCCUCCAUUGGUGCUAUCCACUCUGGACAGUGGAGACUCAAGUCAAAUUAACUACAGUCACCUGUGAGCACCUGUGAGAAGUCAGGUCCACCUUCAGCUGAGGACAAGGACAGAGUGGUAGAAAACUCUCGAGGAGCUGAAACAGAUGUGGACACAGGACGGGAUGUUCGUCCCACCCGGACACUCAGGACUCCCAUCCUGUCCAAUGCGGGCCGACUGUGGCUCAGAAGGUGCAGCAGGUCCAGACAGGUUGGCGGUCUGAUGCUCGGGUUCCUCCUGUCCACGAGUGAGCAGAACCCUGAACCCCAAACGGCUCUUGAUGGUCAGAUAUCAGCAGAUGCUUUUUCCACUGGUGCCACCAUGUCAUUUUAACUGCAGCAGUUCUAAUUGAAUGUAUUGUGAUUCAGUCUAAUUAAAUGUGUCUGUAAUUCAGUUCUUGCUCAUCAAAACGUUCAGUUCUCCCUGGCAGAAACCUUCGCUGUUGAUGUCCUCAGUCUCAUUUCUGACCGGUCCUCAUUAAAUUAUCGGCAGGUGGACUGGGAGCGCCUGGACGAGGUGUAGGAAGUUGUUCAGAUAAAACCGGUGACCUGAUUGCUUAUCGUGUAUCCCAUAAGUGAAGUGGGACACGGGGCGGAUUUACAGCCUGAUGAGGUUUGUGUGACCUGGUUUCGGUGAUAAAGGAGGAGCGGUGGUGUUUUCACAAGCCAAACGCCUGUAAAACUACAGUCAGAGAGACUAAAUCACCUGUCUGCCUCACCUGAGCCACUGCACACUCCUGUUUACACUAAGCUGUGGAGUCUGUUCGUUUUGUAAAGUUCUCAGUUGUCUACAUGUGGAGAUGAAUGUAAUGUUUGAUUGUCUGUUUUAAGAUUAAAAUGUGUGUAAAUGGG